AUGCUACGCUUUUGGAGGACGCGGAGGAGCACUGCCUCGUCGAACGCCCUGUCCAUCGUGGAGAUGAAUGUCCACAUGGACUGCGAGGGCUGCGAGAAGAGAAUAAGGAAGGCCAUGUCCCGGCUCGAAGGAGUGAGCACGGUGGAGAUCGACAUGGACACGCAGAAGGUGACAGUGACGGGGUACGUGGACCGGCGGAGGGUGCUCCGGGCGGCGCGGCGCACGGGGAGGGCGGCCGAGUUCUGGCCGUGGCCGUACGACGCCGGGUACUACCCGUUCGCGAUACAGUACCUGGAGGACGACACGUACCUGCCCACGCACAAGUACCACCUCCACGGCUACAACGAUCCGGUGGUGGGCUACUACCCCGGCCACGCCUUCACGCACGUCCUCGACGACCGCGCGCUCGCGCUCUUCAACGACGACAACGUACACGCCUGCACCGUCAUGUGA